GUUAUUCCUUUCGUCGGUUUCUUUCCGUUAUGAGAUCGUGGCUCGCCGCAGCGCAAUCGUCGGGACUGUAUCGGUGACCAUUAAACAUUCAGGGCCAUAUUUGGUUAAUGAUGUCUUUCAGGCGGACUGUGUUCUGCUUGUUGUGUUUGUUGAUGCUCGUGCACGGCAGCAGGAGGAGGCACGCGCGCUGUCCCGCAUCAUGUACAUGUAGUAAAGAUAACGCCUUAUGUGCCAAUACUGGAUCAAUACCGAGGAGCUUCCCGCCAGAUGUCAUCUCACUAUCGUUCGUCAAGUCCGGAUUUAAUGAAAUCCCUAAAGAGAGUUUCAUUCACACACCAGCCCUCCAUCUGCUUCUUUUCACAGCAAACGUCUUUGAAUCUAUAAAUGAAGAUGGGUUUCUUGGCCUUCCUCAUCUGGAGUAUCUGUUCAUUGAAAAUAACCAAAUCAAGUCCAUAUCGCCUUUCGCCUUCAGAGGACUCAAGUCCUUAAUACACUUAAGUCUGGCUCACAAUAAUUUGGAGACGCUACCGAAAGAUCUUUUCAAAGGGAUGGAAGCUUUGACUAAAGUGGAUCUGAGAGGAAAUCUUUUCAGCUGCGACUGUAAAUUAAAGUGGUUAGUCGACUGGAUGUUUCACACAAAUGCAACUGUGGAUGAGAUCUAUUGCAGUGGGCCUGAAUCUUACCAGGACAGGAAAAUCAAUGACCUUGUGGCGCAGUCAUUUGAUUGCAUAACAACAGAUUUUCCGCUGUUGAAGUCUCUCGAAUUUCAGUCCAUUUCAGUCGAAGCUUUUGAAUUUGGUGGAGACCAGUUUGUUGUAUUCGCCCAGCCGUUCAUUGGCAGGUGUAGUUUCAUGGAAUGGGAUCACGUGCAAAUGGAGUUCCGAAACUUCGAUAACAUCACAAGCACUUCAUCUGUCAUCUGCAAACCUCUAGUCAUUGACAGUCAACUCUUCAUCAUCGUAGCACAACUGUUCGGCGGCUCACACAUCUUCAAGAGAGACGUCUCCGCAAACAAAUUCAUCAAAAUCCAAGACAUCGACAUUCUGAAAAUACGAAAGCCAAAUGACGUGGAAAUCUUCCACGUUGACGGAGAGUCUUUCUUCAUCAUCGCCGAUAGCUCCAAAGCCGGCUCCACGACUAUUUAUAAAUGGAACGGCAAUGGCUUCUACUCCCAUCAGUCCUUGCACCCCUGGCACCGCGACACAGACGUGGAGUAUCUAGACAUUUCCGGGAAACCUCACUUGAUCUUGUCCAGCAGUUCUCAACGGCCGGUUAUUUACCAAUGGAGCAAAAGCAACAAGCAGUUCGAGCGGCGUACCGAUAUCCCAGAGAUGGAGGACGUGUACGCGGUCAAACACUUCGCUGUGAAGAGCGAACUCUACAUAUGUCUGACCCGCUUCAUCGGCGACUCCAAGGUGAUGAAGUGGGAUGGCAGCAUGUUCAGUGAGAUCCAGACCAUGGCCUCUCGUGGCUCCAUGGUGUUCCAGCCGUUCUCCAUAGCCAACUGGCAGUACGCCAUCCUGGGCAGCGACUACGCCUUUACUCGCGUCUACCGCUGGGACGCACAGAAGAGACAGUUUAUCCACUUCCAGGAGAUGAACAUUCAAGCACCCAGGGCUUUUUCUCUGGUGUUUAUUGACAACAGGGAAUUCCUUCUUGGCUCUAGUUUUAAGGGGCAAACGCGGAUUUAUGAACAUUUGGUCCUUGACUUGAGCAGCUGAUUUGCUUCAUCAGGACAGUUGAGGAUGAUUACUGUCUCAAUGAAUCUCACGAACACGUCCUGGUCAUAUUUAAUUCUAAAAUCUGAAGAAAGAAAGACAUUUUUUGUUGUUUUUUAAACUAAAUAAAGCUAGUUUUAAAGUCACCAUGAAAUCAAAAUUGAGCAUUCUUGUUUUUAUGGAAUAUUGCAGUGUUUAUUAUUAAAUGAUUUUUCCGUGCACAUCAUUAUUGUGUUAAUAAUCUUGAAUCAGAAUAACUUCCUCUUGCAGCAUAUCUUCUCUUCUCUGAUGAUGUGGGCGGGGCUAUAACCUGUCACUCACAUGAGAUCAGCCAAUAGCAAACCACAAU